AUGGUCCCAGAUGCUGCGGCGCUUCCUUCGGCGCCAACUUUCGCUCCGGGGGAUGCUUACAAUCGGCACGGCAUAGGCGGCAUGGCUCCUGGUGGGGGGCAUCAGAAUGGGUUCUCGCCGCGCUUCCCCAAUAUAAAAGACCUCCAAGAUGAAGCAGCAGCUUUAGGCGUGAACGAAUCCGCGUCGAUCACUGAUCUGUUGGCCAUGGCUCAAGAAGCAAUCACGAAAUUUAGGGCAUUGGCAGACAGCAACGAAAUCGACAGAGCAUACGUACAAUACGCCGUACGAACAAAACAGGGAACUGCCGAUACAAUCAAGCAACAAAUCGUGGAGAACAAUCUCAAGACCAUGGCCAAACCGACUGGCCGGUUUUCACCAAUUGCUCGGCGACCAGUAUCGCAAAUACUUCCUGCCGGAACUUAUCUACCUACAAGCCCACGCGGCCGUCAGAGUGAGGUGGGAGAUUCGUCCACACGGAUGCCUAGUCCUUCGCAGUUUCAGUCUUUUGGCUCGCAGGGUCAACCAAAUAGAUAUUCGGCACCUCCUGAUGCACUUGCUCAGCGCCUUGCCAAGCUCAAGACAUCAUCACCUACAAGUAAUGAUACCAGUUCGGGGACAGCCAAUUGGGGAGACAAUGAACAAGGGCAUGUUGAAAACCAAUCUCCUCGCCCAUCCUCCUACGUCUCUCAUGGGCCAACGCAUGGGUCGACACUAAGUUCUCCUUCUAGGCGGCCUCUAGGCCCUCGAACCAUGGGAACGGCUCAGGGGGGACCCUCAAUACCCCCCAAAAUCCCCCUCAACACAUCAUUGCCGCGGGCGCCAGAUCCCGCUUAUAGCCCAAUAUACACGGUGCCGUCUCAGCCUCCGUCCAACCCACCUAGAACUUCGACAGAGAGCUUCCGUGCGAACAAUCCGCGAUAUUCUCAUCUUGCGAACUCUCCUCGUGGCAGUCAGAGUCCGAAUGGUUUCGAUGAUAAUCCUUAUAGGUCUCGGACACCAAAUGGCGUCCACGCGCUAAAGGCCCCCGGUAGUAAUACGGCGGACCUACCGCAUAGAUCUACAAUAAGCGCGCAGGAGUUGCUGGAUCACCUCCGACGUUAUAACAUAUUGUUGAUCGAUGUUCGUUCCCGUGAGGAUUACGACAGCGGUCAUGUAUACGCAAAAUCGAUCAUAUGUAUUGAACCAGUCGCGCUAAGGGAGAAUGUUUCUGCAGAGGAGCUUGAGGAGCGACUUGUGGUUUCUCCUGAGCACGAGCAGUCAUUAUUCGAGAGGCGCAAUGAGUUUGAUAUGGUGGUCUAUUAUGACCAGGAUACCAGUUCAAGCAGCUACCUUGCUGGUCCACCGGUUGGAACCACGGCACCCCACCUAAGGGCAUUGUAUGAUACAUUAUACGAGUUCAACGCUUACAAACCGUUGAAGGAUGGCAGACCGCCUAUGCUUCUAGUGGGGGGUCUCGACGCUUGGAUUGAUCUCUUAGGGCAACAGUCACUUGCCACAUCAUCUACGGCUGCAAUAUUAGCGUCUUUACAAACCAGACGACCUGUCGCGAGGCCGGGGCGCCCUCUUGGGAGGGUCCCGACAAUUGCUAGCGCUAAUUCUAGUCUAGAAAUCAGGAAGCGAAGGCUUCGCAAGCUUUCACAGUUGAAUCCUGAUGAACUCACAGAAUGGCUGGAAAAGUCGAAAACGGAAGAACUUGACGCAAGUGCGUAUCUUGGAGAGGAUGCACUUGCAGAGGAACCCGAGGAAGAACAACAAGCAGCAGGCGCCCCUGUCUCGCCCUUCAUUCGCUCGUACGAGGAUUUCUUGCGUCGUUUCCCAGAACCAAACAAUAUACAACAAUCCAUGGUAAAUGUUCAGCCUGAGCCGCCAGCGAUUCCCAAUUAUGCGUCCCAUGUGCCUAUUGCUCCUUCGAGACCUCCACCUGCUGUUCCGCGUCCUAGUUACAGCGGUGUGUCGGAUGGCCGACAAAUACAAGCACCGUUGCAGAGACAAAACUCCGCAACCAAGCAUGCCCUUUACACCUCAAACUCUCUGCUCAAUCGCCUCAAGCUCCCUCGUACCGGACUGGCAAACUUUGGAGUUACCUGUUAUAUGAACUCGACAAUCCAGUGCUUAAGUGCAACGGUGCUGAUGAGCAAGUUCUUCAUUGAUGAUCGGUUUAGAUACUAUGUUCAGAAGAAUUGGAAAGGAUCCCAGGGCAUCAUGCCUGGGCUAUAUGCAAACCUCAUAAGGUCUUUGUGGAAGAACGAUGUGCAGGUCAUCAUGCCGACGUCAUUUCGAAACUUCUGUGGGCGAUUGAACCAGGAAUGGGGUAUAGACAGACAACAGGAUGCAAAGGAGUUCUUUGAUUUUGUUGUGGAUUGCCUUCAUGAGGACCUCAACGUAAAUUGGCAGCGGACGCAGCUCAGGCCGCUGACUUUCGAAGAAGAGAUGCAGCGCGAAAGAAUGCCAGUGGCCAAAGUUUCCAAGAUUGAAUGGGAUCGAUACUGUCACAGAGAAGAAUCGUUCAUCUCAUCUCUUUUUGCCGGGCAGCAUGCAAGCCGGCUUCGAUGCACGACUUGCAAGCGAACGUCAACAACGUAUGAAGCUUUCUACAGCAUCAGUGUCGAAAUUCCAACGUCUGGAAAGGGCGACAUCUACCAAUGCCUCCGCAGCUACUGCCAAGAAGAGAUGUUAAGCGGCGACGAAGUGUGGAAGUGUCCCUACUGCAAAUGCGAGCGUGUCGCAACCAAACAGAUCAUCAUAACUCGCGCCCCCCAGAUCCUGGUGGUCCACUUCAAGCGCUUUUCGGCCUCCAAGACACAAAGUGCCCGUAAGAUCCACACCCCAAUCGACUUUCCCCUCCACGGCCUUCGCAUGGACGACUUCGUCUUCUCACAGCCCAAACACCCUUCUUCCACCGAUGAAGGUCCUCGGGAUCCAACCUCCGCCACAGAACCACCUUUCACGUACGAUGCCUAUGGCGUCCUGCGCCAUCUGGGCUCGUCCAUGGGCAGCGGGCAUUAUAUAUCCCUAGUGCGUGAUGCCUCGCGGCAAUGCUGGCGCAAGUUCGACGACGGCCGCGCAACCGACUUUUUACCACGCGAUACGUCGUUCAAAGACCGGUUGCAGAACGAGCAGGCGUAUAUUGUAUUCUAUGAGCGCGUUCCUGCGAAAUAG